UCAAAGCAGGCUCCAUGCUGUCAUGGCAGAAUGGGGCUUGAACUCACAAACUGUGAGAUCAGGACCUAAGCAGAAAUAAGGAGCCAGUCAGCCGACUCAGCCAGCCAGUGCCCCAAAUGUCUGUGCACUUGCUUGUAAGUGUGUGCACACACAGGCGUGUGUCUGUGGGUCUGUGUGUACCACCGUAUGCAUGUGUGUCUGAGUGCCCAUGUGGGUGUGCAUCUGAGAAGCACGUGUGAUGGUGUGGCUCUGAGAGGGGCGCUGCCCACAGAUGUGAGGAAGGAGGGUCACUUCCCCAGGAACCCCAGCUGCCCCCUCUUCCUGCCCCCACCCCCUGGAGAGGCCCCGGCUGCAUAAAGUGGAGCCUCCCGGAGCCCCUGUCCCUGUCGGCCUCUGCUGCUCCGUCCCACGCCUGCCCACGCUGCCUGCCAGGCCCAUUCCAGAGGGAGGGGGCCAGGGCAUCAGGCAGUCAGGGGGCUCCUGUCCCCAGACUACCCAGAAGCAGGUAAUGGCCUUGGCGGUGAAUGAGGGAGGGCAGGGGUGCGAGGCUGUAACCCAUCCCCCCUUCCUGGAGGCUGCAGGGGUGAAUGGCAGUGGGCUUCUCUCCUCGGGCACCGGCCCACCCAGGGAUCAGCUGAUCUGCAAGGGGGCACUGGUCUGGAACAUGGCCCCGUCCCCCGCCCCUAUGACCAACAUGAGCUGGAGCUUCCUGACGCGGCUGCUGGAGGAGAUCCACAACCACUCCACGUUCGUGGGCAAGGUGUGGCUCACGGUGCUGGUGGUCUUUCGCAUCGUGCUCACGGCCGUGGGCGGGGAGUCCAUCUACUCGGACGAGCAGACCAAGUUUACCUGCAACACGCGCCAGCCGGGCUGCGACAACGUGUGCUACGACGCGUUCGCGCCGCUGUCCCACGUGCGCUUCUGGGUCUUCCAGAUCGUCGUCAUCUCCACGCCGUCCGUCAUGUACCUGGGGUACGCCGUGCACCGCCUGCAGCCCAUGUGUGUCACCCGGGCGCAGGCAGGGCAUACGGACCACGCCCACCGCUGCGGUUUCCUGGGAGCCUCCGCAGCCAGGCAGACCCCUGUCACCGCCCCCACCAACGCGGGCUGCAGGUGUGAGACAGGGGGCACCUGA